AUGGAUCAGCUCUCGUUGGUGGCAGACCAUUGCGCAGCUUUUGGCCACGCCUUCGCCUUCCAAGACGCCGAAGUCUUGGGCCAAGGGAGCGAUCAAACGGUCAGGGAGACACUCGAAGCCUGGCACACCACAACUACCUCAAUCAACCGAUGCGUAACUCUGCCGGCUGCCUACCAAGCCCUACGGGUGAAGUUCAAUAGGCAGGGCUACCGACGAGUCGUCAGGCCAGUGACGACAGUAAUCAAACCCGGACCAAGCGGGAACGAGGACGGGCAUAGACAGGCACCGGGAACGAACGAAACCGGGGGACAACCGGCGGCGAACGCAAACCCAGGAGACCGCCUUCUGGGUCCGAACACAGACAGACGCCAGCACUCGAUGAGAACGCCCGACAGUGACAAAACCCCCCAGCCCGACGUCAACCCUGGCAUGACAACCACCGUCAACACGGCUACGGGCAGGUGUGAACGGGACAGCGAGACGAGAUCGCAAGACAGCAACAGGACCACGCGGCCCGACGUCAACAGUGGCGUGACAACCACCGUCCACGCGGAUACCGGCAGGUGCGAACGGGACAACGAGACGAGAUCCCCAGACAGCGACAGGACCCCCCAGGCCGACGUCAACAGUGGCAUGACAACCACCGUCCACGCGGAUACGGGCAGGUGCGAACGGGGCAGGAAGGCGAGAUGCGUCGAGGGCGGACAACGGACAAUACAAACAAGAGCAAUGGCCGCAGUCACCCCGGCGCCGCCUCCCUCCCCACACGCGACAAAGGAUGAGGAGGAACCGAUGCCGCCAUGA